AUGGUCGGACUCUCCCUCGCGCCGUUCGUCCUGCGCCGGCCCUGGCUGGCCAAGAUGCUCACGCCCGCGGCCAACUGGUACGCCAACGCCGCCGGCUACCGGAAGCUCGGCCUCAAGUUCGACGACCUCAUCGAGGAGGAGCGCGAGUCCACUCAGCUGGCCCUCCGCCGCCUCUCCCCCAAGGAGUCCUACGAGCGCGUGUACCGUAUCCGCCGCGCGACCCAGUGCAGCUACCAGCACAAGCUGCUGCCCAAGGACCAGUGGACCAAGCCCGAGGACGACCAGCCCUACCUGCGCAACAUCAUUGCUCAGGUCGAGGCCGAGAUUGCCGAGCGCGACGCCCUCGACUCCAUGGAAGUUAUCAAGAAGCACUAA